CCGUCUUCGUUUGAGUGCAGUCUGAACACGGCUCCAUUUUCUCCGUCUCCUGCUCCACUACACGGUUUAUUCCAUGCUUCAGUAAAAUGUUGAUCCAGGUUAACUAUGGUGAGGUGCAAAAGUAUGUGAAGUUGGAUGAAGCUGAAGGGAAGUUUGACUUUCAUCAAUUCCAUGAGAAAGUCAUUGAAAGAUUUUGCCUGCCACCUGAUGCCAAAGUUGCAUACAAGGAUGGAACAGAUACUGAAGUUGAUGAAGAAAUAUUCAGUGACCUCAUUAAACAAGGCAAUGUUGUGUUGAAGGUCUACUGCCAUGAUGAGUUCUCUGAAAGGUCUGCUUCUGAGUCUGACUCAAGCUUCAGCUCAGAUGCAUCAACAUCAACAAUACUAAUGGAUGAGAUCCCAUGGAAGAUGCAAAAAAUUGAGAAUGCUAAUAAUGCAUUGUCUGCCAAAAAGCGGGUUGAAGGUGUCCUUCAAAGCAAGUCUGGUGGUGAAGAAGUUCUGCAGGAGUAUAAAGCAACAGAAACCCUAAGUGAUGCCACAAGAAGGCAGAUGGUAAACAUACUGGUGGCUCACAUGACUGAUGAACAUGGGCACCUUCCUCCUAAAGCGAUCAGAGAGCAGUAUGCCCUUGGAAUAGUGACGCUCUUCCCUUCCCUCAAAGAUCCAUACACCAAAAAAGGCUAUGAGCACUUUUAUGAUGCAGCAAGCAGCACAGGAUACAUUUCAUGGCGUCUCAAAAUAAAUUAAAAGGAAGACUAGAAGAGGAUCUCCUGUGGCA